UUUGCUGCGGCAACAUGGCCGCCGGUCUUCCCGACGUCAUCAGAAUAGGUGGGCUGUUCCACCCGGCAGAUGACCGCCAGGAGGUGGCCUUUCGUUACGCCGUUGAACGCAUCAAUGACGACCGCUCGAUUCUACCGCGGUCCCGCCUCUCCGCUCAGAUAGAGAGGAUUUCGCCACAGGACAGCUUCCACGCAUCCAAGCGGGUUUGUCACCUGCUGCGUAGUGGAGUGGCAGCCAUCUUUGGGCCCCAGUCUGGUCAGACGGCAAGCCACGUGCAGAGCAUCUGUGACACAAUGGAGAUUCCUCACCUGGAGACCAGGUGGGACUACAGGCUGAGGCGAGAGAGCUGCCUGGUAAACCUGUAUCCCCACCCCACCGCGCUGUCCAAGGCAUAUGUGGACCUGGUGCGCGCGUGGAACUGGCGUUCCUUCACCAUCAUAUAUGAGAACAAUGAAGGAUUGGUACGCCUGCAGGAGCUGCUCAAGGCGCACGGCCCUUCAGAGUUCCCCAUAGCUGUGCGACAGCUGGGUGAGGGCACAGACUACAGGCCAUUGCUGAAGCAAAUCAAAAACUCUGCAGAGUCACACAUUGUGUUGGACUGUUCUACUGAACGGAUUUAUGACGUGCUGAAACAGGCGCAACAGAUAGGCAUGAUGAGUGACUACCACAGCUACCUCAUCACCUCGCUGGACCUCCACAGCGUUGAUCUAGAGGAGUUCAAGUACGGUGGUACCAACAUCACUGCCCUGCGUCUCGUGGACCCCGAGAAGCCCGAGCUCCAGAAAGUGGUGCGGAACUGGGUGUAUGGGGAGUUGCGAUACGGCCGCAAGUUGGACCUGCCACCUCCAAGGGACAACCUGACGUUCAUCAAGACAGAAACGGCACUAAUGUACGAUGCAGUGCACCUCUUUGCUAAAGCCCUGCACGACCUCGACAGCUCGCAGAGAAUCGAUAUAAAGCCCCUCAGCUGUGACGCUGUGGACACCUGGCCACAUGGAUAUUCACUCAUCAACUACAUGAAGAUUGUUGAGAUGCGAGGCCUCACAGGCGUCAUCAAAUUUGACAACCAGGGAUUUCGCAGCAAUUUUGUGCUUGACAUUGUUGAGCUGAACAAGGAUGGCCUGAAGAAGAUCGGCACAUGGAACUCCACGGAAGGUGUCAACUUCACGCGCACGUAUGGUGAGGCCUACACACAGAUUGUGGAGAGCCUGCAAAACAAGACAUUUGUGGUGACCACAAUCCUCAGUUCACCCUAUUGCAUGCGCAAGGACUCCAGUGAAAAGCUGUCCGGUAAUGCGCAGUUUGAGGGCUAUGGCAUUGACCUGGUGCAUGAGAUCAGCAAGAUCCUGGGCUUCAACUACACGUUCAAGCUGGUGCCAGACGGACGCUACGGCUCGCUAAACAGGGAGACCAAUGAGUGGGACGGCAUGAUGAAGGAGCUGCUGGAUCAGAAAGCAGACAUUGCCAUAGCGGACCUUACCAUCACAUAUGAUCGCGAGCAAGCGGUGGACUUCACAAUGCCCUUUAUGAACCUGGGCAUCAGCAUCCUGUAUAGGAAACCAAUAAAGCAGCCACCCAACCUGUUCUCCUUCCUGUCACCUCUCUCGCUGGAUGUGUGGAUGUACAUGGCCACGGCCUACCUGGGCGUGUCUGUGCUGCUCUUUAUACUGGCGAGGUAAACACAGCAAACCUCUGGGUGUCUGGGUUGCAGGUUCACGCCGUAUGAAUGGCAGAACCCGCACCCGUGCAACCCCAACCCGGAUCACCUGGAGAACCAGUUCACCCUCCUCAACUGCAUGUGGUUUGCCAUCGGCUCACUUAUGCAGCAGGGCUGUGACUUCCUGCCCAAGUUCAGCCCCUACGAGUGGGACAACCCCCACCCCUGCAAUGAUGAGCCGGACGUCCUGGAGAACCAGUUCAGCCUGCUCAACUCUCUCUGGUUCACUAUUGGAUCCCUCAUGCAGCAAGGCAGUGACAUCGCCCCCAAGGCGGUGUCAACUCGCAUGGUGGCCGGCAUGUGGUGGUUCUUCACCCUCAUCAUGAUCUCCUCCUACACGGCCAACCUCGCUGCCUUCCUCACUGUCGAGAGGAUGGACUCGCCCAUAGAGAGUGCCGAGGAUUUGGCCAAGCAGACCAAGAUCAAGUAUGGUGCACUCAGGGGUGGCUCCACAGCAGCCUUCUUUAGGGACUCAAACUUUUCAACAUACCAGCGCAUGUGGAGUUUCAUGGAGUCUGCACGGCCUAGUGUGUUCACAAGUUCUAAUGUGGAGGGUGUGGACCGCGUUGUGAAGGGCAAGGGAAGCUAUGCAUUUCUCAUGGAAUCCACCUCCAUCGAGUACGUGAUCGAGCGGAACUGCGAGCUGACGCAGGUCGGAGGACUGCUGGACUCGAAGGGCUAUGGCAUCGCGAUGCCUCCCAACUCUCCAUAUCGCACUGCCAUCAGUGGGGCAGUACUUAAGCUACAAGAGGAGGGCAAGCUGCAUAUCCUGAAGACUCGCUGGUGGAAGGAGAAGCGUGGUGGUGGGUCCUGCAGGGAUGACACGUCUAAGAGCUCGAGCGCCGCGAAUGAGCUGGGCUUGGCCAAUGUGGGUGGCGUGUUUGUGGUACUGAUGGGGGGCAUGGGCGUGGCAUGCGUCAUCGCCGUCUGCGAGUUUGUGUGGAAGUCCCGCAAGGUGGCCGUGGAAGAGAGGGAGUCUUCGCUGUGCUCAGAGAUGGCCUCGGAGCUGCGGUUUGCCCUUCGCUGCCAGGGCUCCACGAAACCUGUCCGUAAGAGGGUCCCUGUGGGGGGUGGUCAGGAGGGACGCUUCGUGCCCUUGGACCCAUACUCACAAUACGGUUUUAUGGGCAAGGAGCCACUGGCCUUCUGUGUUUCUGAAAUCAGCAUCUCGUCAGCGUCCUCCUCUUUAGUGCGUGCAGCUGUGACAGAGAGGAACCCCGAAUGCCAGGCUCAAGAAUAUCAAGCCUGGUUUCAUGACGUAUGGAUUAUGAGUGUCUCAAUUAUGGCACCUCUUUUAAUAUUUUUGUUGUUGGCAGCCGUGGCGGGUCUCCCGGGCACCAUAAAAAUCGGGGGGUUGUUCCACAGCACGGAAACCCUAGAGGAACUUGUGUUCCAGUACGCCACGCAGACGAUCAACAAUGACAGCAUGAUCCUGCACAAGAGACUGAUGGCCAUUCCUGAGCAUGUGAAGUCUCAUGACAGUCUGUCUGUGUCAGACACAGUGUGCCGUCUGUUGGGUCAGGGUGUGGCAGGAAUUUUUGGGCCACAGGCAGGUUCCACAUCAGCCCUCGUGCAGUCGAUGUGCGACACGAUGGACAUUCCCCAUGUGGAGACCAGCUGGGAUAUGAAGCAACGCCGUCAGGACUUCCUGGUGAACCUGCAUCCCCAUCCAUCGACCCUCGCCAGGCUGUACAUGGAACUGGUGAGUGCGUGGGGCUGGGAGAAGUUCACAGUGCUGUACGAGGACGGGUCCAGCCUGGUACGGCUCGGCAACCUGGUGAAGACGUUGGACAGGCAGGUGACAUUGCGGCAGUUGGACGCGCACGGCAACCACAGGCAGGUGCUGCGAGACAUGAGGCACUCUGGUGAGCGCAAUAUCGUUCUGGACUGCUCCAUGGGGACACUGCCUGAGGUGCUGAAACAGGCCCAGCAAGUGGGGCUCAUGACAAGCGACCAGAGCUACGUCAUCACGUCUCUCGAUCUCCACACUAUCAACUUAGAGCCGUACCAAUAUGGUGGCACCAACAUUACAGGAGUACGAAUGGUCGAUCCAAACAGCAAGAUCGUUCAGUCAGCAGUGAAGAAUUGGGGUUACCUCGAGGCAAGGAAGGGCAGGAACAUUGGCAUCUCCUCUGAAAACAUCACGGUCAGCAUGGCACUGAUGCAUGACGCAGUUCAGCUUUUUGCUCGUGCUCUGAGCCGUUUGGACUCCCCUGCUGUGGAUAUCAAGCCACUAGACUGUGAGUCGCAGAAUAAUUGGGGACAUGGUACAUCUCUCAUCAACUUCAUGAAAGAUGGGCAAAGCACGCUGCAUGGACUCACGGGUGUCAUCCAGUUUGAUAAUGAGGGUUUCCGUACCAACAUCAUGUUAGACAUUAUGGAGCUGUCAUACAGCGGGCUGGAGCGUGUGGGAACGUGGAGCACCAAAGAUGGGCUGAACAUUAUUCGAGCAGUGCCACCCGCCCCACCGCACCACAGUGAGAGCCUCCAGAACAGAACUUUUCGAGUGAUAACGGCCUUGUCUGAUCCGUAUGGAAUGCGUCGCCAGUCCUCUGUCCCCCUGAAGGACAACGAUCGCUUCGAGGGCUUUGGAAUCGAGCUGAUUCACGAACUGUCACUCAUGCUUGGGUUCAACUACAUAUUUGACCUGCAGCUGGACAAUGCGUAUGGUUCACUCAACAAGAAGACAGGGCAGUGGACUGGCAUGAUAAAGAAGUUGAGGGAUGAGGAGGCAGAUCUGGCCAUAACUGAUCUCACCAUCACAUCUGAACGUGAGGAAGCUGUUGACUUUACUACUCCAUUUAUGACUCUGUGAGUGUCCUGCUCUAUUUUCUGGCGUGCUCAUUUGAAUGGCUGUCACACUGUCCGUCAUGUUGCAGGCAUUGCCAUCCUCUAUAAGAGCCCUCAGAAGGAGUCACCCAGCCUGUUCUCAUUCAUGGCCCCAUUCACCACGGGUGUGUGGUUCUGCAUGUUCUCGGUGUACAUGGGCGUGUCGAUCCUGCUGUGGAUCAUGGGAAGGAUCUGUCCUUAUGAGUGGAACAACCCAUACCCCUGCAUAGAGGAACCAGAAGAACUGGAGAACCAGUUCACACUACAGAACAGCCUAUGGUUCACCAUUGGCAGUUUGAUGCAGCAAGGAUCUGAGAUUGCACCCAUAGCUGUGUCCACACGCAUGGUGGCCAGCAUCUGGUGGUUCUUCACGCUCAUAAUGGUCUCAUCCUACACGGCCAACCUGGCUGCCUUCCUCACUGUCGAGACCUCGACAACCCCGUUCAAGAAUGUGUGGGAGCUUGCAAACCAGAAUGUGAUAAAGUAUGGGGCAAAGAAGGGUGGCUCCACGGUCAACUUCUUUAGGGACUCAAGUGAUUCAAGGUACCAGCAUAUGUAUGCGUACAUGAUGAGAAACCAAGAUGAAGUCCUGACAAGUACCAAUGAUGAGGGUUUGCAGAAAGUCAAGACACAAAACUAUGCCUACUUUAUGGAGUCCACUUCUAUCCAGUAUAUCACAGAGCGAGACUGCGAGGUGGCCCAAGUUGGGGACUUGCUAGACUCCAAGGGCUAUGGCAUAGCCAUAAAGAAGAACUCGAUAUACCGAAACCAGCUGAGCACAGCAGUGCUCAAACUGCAGGAGUCGGGUAAGCUCGCCAAAAUGAAGAACAGGUGGUGGAAGGAAGAACGUGGCGGUGGAAAGUGUGUGGACACAGGUGGCAGCGGGAACCCCAGUCCUCUGAACAUACAGAAUGUCGGUGGCGUGUUUGUGGUGCUUGUAGCGGGUCUGGUCCUCUCUUGUUUCAUGGCAUUGUUCGAGUUACUGCGUAAUGUGUAUGAGACAGCACGUGAAAAGAAGGUUCUGUUCCUGCAGGAACUGAUGGCAGAGUUCAGGUUCAUCGCUCGCUGCCACGGCUCCACAAAGCCAAUCCGCAAAUAUGAUAACCAGGACAAGGAGGACAGCCCACCAGCCGAAGAGGGGGCUGAUCCCCAGAACUUCGUUCCAUUGAGCAUCUAUGGGCCCACACCAUAUCGGCAUUAAA